AUGGCUUCACGAAGAGCGAGCUACACGGCUGAGUUCAAGCUUAUAGCGGUUAAGUACGCCGAACAACACGGCAAUCGGGCAGCUGGGCGGGAGCACGGCGUAGAUGAAUCCAUGGUGCGAAAGUGGAGAAGGAGCAGAACGGCAUUGGAAAAAACACCGCGGAACAAGAGGGCCAACCGGAUCGGCAUAACCAAGUUCCCUGACCUGGAGACACAGUUGGCACAGUUUGUCAAAGAUCGGAGAAACGGUGGGAGGGCCGUAACCACUGUAAUGAUUAGACGGCAGGCCAGGCACUUUGCCAAGGAGCGGGGUUUGGUGGACUUUGUCGGUGGCCCGAGUUGGUGCCAUCGCUUCAUGAAACGGGCUGGUCUUUCCGCACUACCGUGGGGCAGAAAACUCCAGAUGACUGGGAGGAGAAAAUGA